ACAUUGGCAUAGGCUUCCCUUACGCUCCCUGUAACAAGCCACUUGCCAUUCUAGUGACGCUGUAGUCUGGGAGGAAGAUAUGGAGUCGGAGCUGCUAGGGGGGAUGCCUGUGUGCUCCCCGGCAGAGCCAGUGCACGGGCAGUUCCUGACUCUGCUGGACACUGUGGGCAGGCGGAAUGGCCAGGUGCUAGUGAUGGAGAUGGACGACGUACAUGAUGCAGCCCCGCUUGUGCAGAUGGACUUUGCCCAGGCGCUCUUCAGAGGGAUCGACCUAGAGGCCAAACUCCACCGGAAGGAGGAAAUCAAGGAGGAAGAGCAGGAGAUGCAACCACAGCUGGUCUUCAUGCUCUGGCAAUCGGCCACGCUGAGGCAGCUCAUGCAGUGGGAACACCUGGAUGAAACACUCUGGAACUUAAGGAAUCUCUUUCCCUGCAUGCCAGCAGCUCUGGUACUGGUGAUGAUCCAGCCAGACCUGCAGCACCAGCAGGUGGAACCAGAACGGGCGGCAGGGGCGCUAAGGAGAAUGCAGUGCUUGCUAGAUGGUGGCUUCCAGGAACUGGUGGUGGAAGCAGCUGUUUAUAGCCCAGGCCAGCCAGACGGGACCCUGGAGGUCAAGAGAGCUGCCUGCAGAGCCCUGAGAGAAGUUCUGAAGGGCCAAGAAGAAAUGACUCCCCAGGAUCCAGUUACCAUCCGACUCAGCUUGGGUGUGUGCAACACAGGAUAUGAAAGACGGUAUGAGGACAGGCUCCCUUAGGCCGCAUUGCAAUGUGCCUGGAAGCUCCUAUAUCCAGCUAAGAUCUGAACUGCCACCAAAAUAAAAAACCAAAAACAAAAAAACUACACAACAAAAAAACCCCACACAUUAAAAUUUGGAGUUUAUUCUCUGUUUGCAUGCCUGUGUGUAUGUAUAAACUUCAAACCAUUUAUCACUUACAGCAGGGCAGACAAAAUGUCCUGGGACAGUUUUCAUGUGAGGAAUUAUGUAAUGACAGUGGACUCUUCUUUAUAUUUACAGCUGCUUAAAUAUUUAUUUUAAACCCUUAACAUCAAACAUUAAAUAUUUUUUAAAAUAUUUCACAGCCAAAAAACGUGAUUUCUUGUUUAGUUGUAUCAUUAUCUGGAUCUAUUUUAAACUCAUGAACUCUUCAGUCUGGAAUCUACGUCUACACAGCAACAACAAACCAAUGGGAGUGAGUCUGAGAGCCUGGAUCAACUGACUUGGGCUUGAGCUAUGGGACUAAAAAUAGCAGUGUAUACGUUUCUGCUCGGGCUGGAGCCCAGGCUCCGAGACCCUCCCCGCUUUCCAGGUUGCAAAGCCCAGCUCAGGCGGAGCGUCCACACUGCUGUGUUUAGCUCCAGAGCACAAGCCGGAGUCAGCUGAUCUAGGCUCUGAGACUUGCUGUGUGGGGUGUUUUUGUUUUUUUUUUUUUUUUUUGCAAUGUAGACGUACCCUUGUAUGUUUUGUAAUGCACCUAGCACAGUUCUGGGAGUCGCACAAAAGCAGCCCUGAUUAUUCUGGAGGAAACUCUCUAGCCUGAAGUGGCGCAUCUUGUCAUUUGCUUCCCACGUUUCAUUUCUUAUGGUUGGUUUGAAUUUGAAAGGAAUUGAAUCUCUGUAGGUAUGGGAGGGUGUUGAGUGCCAGCUAAUGUCACCAGCUCCAAGCAUUCAUAACUCACAAGUCAAGCUCCAAAAAAUCAUGAAAUUUUAAAAAACAGGAACUGCUGUCCAAGGUCACCCUGCAGGCCGGUGACAGAGAAAGGUCACCCUUCCCAGUGUCCUGGGCUUCAUGGUCUGAGUUCAGCUCAGUUCCUUGAGUAGCACAGCAGAAGGGGGUUUGCAAGAGGGUUUUAAAUCCAGAGAGGAGGAGGUCACAGAGGCUGGACCAGGCGCAGGGGGCAGUGUGGAAGAAGGCAUGGGAGAUGUCUGAGAGAAGCUGACCCGUGUGGGCGGAUGACGCUGGCAUUGCUGCCAGAGCAGAGGUGGCAAUGGUGAGGGGCCGGUUAAGCAGGGUGGGGCAGAGUUCUGCCGAGCUUUGCAGGCGGUGAGGAGAAGCUUGAAUAUGA